AUGGCAGAGCAUUCAUCGCAAAUGAAUAGCGUCAACCGCAAUUGCAUGCUGUGCGAAGAUAACGACAGCACGGACGACAUGGUCCAAUGCGAUGCCUGUGAUAGUUGGGCUCACUAUCAUUGUGCGGUGACUGAUGCCGUUCAACAUGAUUCGUGGAACUGUGCUAAAUGCAGUAUGAUACUAUCGGUGCCGAAAUCGACGAAACGUGCACCAGCUAAAAAAAGUUCGUACAAGAAAACCGGACCAAAAAGUGUUGGAUCGGACACAAGUAAAGGUCCGUCCAUUCCUCUUACGUUAGAAGAAUCGAUUUGUCAACUGGAACGAGAACAAAUGGCUCAAGAGAAGGAGAUAGAAGAGCAACGAAUUCUACAUGAAAGGAGGUUAGAAAUGCAGCGUAUUAUUAUGGAGAAAAGACGACAGCAACAGAAGGAAUUAAUGGAAAAAGAGUUGGCUCAGGAAAAGGAAAUGUUGGAAAAGCGUUUGGCUGAUGAACAGGAAUUCCAGCAGCGACGUCAGCAACUUCGUGACCAGUUCAAAGAUACGAAAUUACCACUACAGUACGAGAGCGAUGAAGAUGCUGCAAAUGGAGCAGAAGCCACAAGAUCCUCGCGGUGCGUAUCCCAAGUAGCAGAAAAUGUGGAAAAGGAAAGGAAAAUCAAUGUUGCAUUACCCAAACAGCAUUCGUUCGACACACAACUAAAAACCAAUCUCUCGUUACUGAAAGAGCAUUCGUUCGAUAAACAACCGGAAACUAUUGCUAGAGCACCGUCUGAUCCAACGCUUAAUAUGAAUCACAGAAACCAAACUGUAGAAAAUCAAAAUCAAGUGAAGUCAGUACCACCAACAGCAUCCACGAGAAUACUUCGUGAGCUCAUAGAGGACCCGGAAUACGAAGACGUUAAUUUGGAUGAAGCGAUACGUGAACGAGAAUUAACAGAGCAGGAAGCCGCUGUAAUCGGAAAUGUAUUGAGCCGUAGGAGACAAUACGGGUCGGGGUUGCCUCGAGAUGUUGUAUGCCGGGGUCCGACCAGGGAACAGCUAGCUGCGCGACAGGCCGUGUCUAAGAAUUUACCCGUAUUCAGGGGCGAGCCAGAGGUGUGGCCUCUAUUCAUCAGUUGUUAUGAAUAUACAACAGCAGCUUGUGGUUUUACUAACACCGAUAACCUGAAACGACUUCAAGACAGCUUGCAAGGAUUGGCGAAAGAAGCAGUGCAGAGCAGAUUACUACUACCCGAUUCGGUUCCAGAUGUGAUCGAGGAUCUUCGGAAACUAUUCGGCAGUCCGGAGAAACUUCUCAAAUCGCUGAUAGCGAAAGUACGCAGAACACAAUCUCCUCGUUUAGACAGACUGGAAACAUUCCUUUAUUUUGGGAUCACCGUGAAACAGUUGUGUGAUCAUCUUGAAGCGGCAGGUUUACACGAUCACUUAAACAACCCAAUGCUAGUCCAGGAGUUAGUUAUUGAUUCCGUUGCAUUUUUGGAUGAAGGGGCAUCCACAACCCUGACCGAGAGUGCUGUCGCAGCUCAGCUUAGUGCAAAAGGUAUUCCCGAGCCACUGAUAGUCAUGUGGACAGCAAAUAUAAAGCGAUAUGAAAACGAUUCCAGAAGGCUGAAUCUUUCUAUUUCUGCCAGGAAUUCGACAGUUAAAUAUUCGCUAUGCGCAGUUCGGACGGUGAAAGAAUUGGUAUUACCACAACAAUGUCCACGUUUCCAGGAAAUCGUUGAGCGCUACGAGCAUUUGCAUGGCAUUCCUGUAGUUGAUCACAAUAGUGAUGUACCGAGAGUUCUUAUAGGUCUAGACAAUUUACACCUAUUCGCGCCUCUUGAAUCUCGUAUAGGAGCGCCAGGCGAGCCAAUCGCUGUACGUUCUUUACUCGGUUGGACGAUCUAUGGUCCGGAGGAUAAACGAAUAUCAUCAAAAGCGUAUAUUAAUCAUCAUGUUAUCCAGGCGAUCAGUAAUCAAGAUAUACAUGACUUGUUCCAAAUACAAUAUAAACUAGAUGAAGGUGGCAUUUCUGGCGUAACGCAACCGGAGUCGGACGAGAUAAUUCGAGCCCGAGAAAUUUUAGAACGUACAACCAAACGCAUAGGAGAUCGCUUCGAGACGGGAUUGAUCUGGAAGCAUGACAAUCCAACCUUCCCAGAUAGCUACUUUAUGGCAUUUAAACGAAUGAAGGCGCUAGAGAAUAGAUUGUCAAAAAACCCUGAAUUACAGCAAAAUAUUUAUGAUCAAAUCAGGAACUAUCAAAAGAAAGGUUACUGUCAUAAAGCCUCCAACGAUGAGCUGAAAAAUACAGACCCUUCCAAAGUAUGGUAUUUACCACUAAAUGUGGUCCUCAAUCCCAAAAAGCCUAGUAAGGUGCGCUUAGUUUGGGACGCAGCGGCGGUAGUCGAUGGAAUGUCGUUAAAUACGAAUCUAUUAAAAGGUCCUGAUUUACUCACAUCACUUCCUGCCGUUAUCAGCAAAUUUAGAGAACGUCGAAUUGCCGUGGGAGGUGACAUAAAGGAAAUGUACCAUCAAAUACGAAUCAUAGAAUCUGAUAAACAAGCGCAGCGAUUUUUGUUUCGAUUCGAUACCACGACCAUGCCAGAUGUUUACAUAAUGGAUGUGGCAACGUUUGGGUCGACUAGCUCCCCCUGUUCAGCACAAUUUAUAAAAAAUAAAAACGCUAAGGAAUAUGUUUCUCAGUACCCAGACGCAGUGAUGGCGAUCAUCGAUCGCCACUACGUCGAUGACUAUUACGACAGUGUCGACACGGAGGAAGAUGCCGUGCAGCGCGCAUCUGAUGUUCGUUUCAUCCAUUCCAUGGCGGGUUUCCAAAUUAGAAAUUGGACGUCGAAUUCACGGAAAGUGCUCCGUGCUCUAGGUGAGAACAAAACUGAACACCUGGUUCAUUUCCACCUGGAUAAAACGGCCGAAAACGAACGAGUACUUGGUAUCGCUUGGGAUCCAAUCAAUGAUGUUUUUUCGUUUAUGGCUCCCUCCAAGGAGCACUGCAGUUCAAAUGCCCAUGAAGUAAAGCGUCCUACGAAACGCAUUGUGCUUAGCACGGUAAUGUCUCUCUUCGAUCCGAUGGGUUUGUUGGCACCAGUUACUGUCCUGGGAAAAAUGUUGAUCCAGGAUCUCUGGCGUACAGGGUGUGAAUGGGAUCAGCCUAUAGCCGGAAAAAAUUACGAAAAGUGGAUCCAGUGGAUGUAUCUGAUCAUGGACACAGGCGAAAUAAAGAUUCCGAGAAGUUAUUUCGGUAACGUUCAUUCAAACGACUUUGGAUCGAUCCAACUACAUGUUUUUACCGAUGCCGGAGAGAGUGCCUACGGAUGCGUAGGUUUUUUGAGGAUAAUAGUUGAGGGAAUCGUUAAGUGCUUGCUGAUAAUGGCGCGUUCCAAAGUUGCGCCCUUGAAGCAACUUUCAAUCCCACGCUUGGAACUGCAAGCCGCAGUAUUGGGAGCUAGAAUGGCGACGACAAUUCGGCAAAAUCAUUCUCUAAAUAUUCAAUGUUCUACUGGACUGAUUCGCAGACAGUAUUGUCUUGGAUCAAAUCCGACCAACGACAAUACAAACAAUUCGUCGGAUUUAGAAUUGGAGAGAUACUCAGCCGUACAAAAAUAUCGGAGUGGAACUGGAAGAAAAUCUCGAAAUGAACCGAUCGAAAGUUUCAAAGCAACCAAGCAACAAGAGAAAAUAAUAAUCUGCGACGUUCCAGCGUUGGUAGUACCGCUGAGGCAACACGAAUAUCAAGAAGCUGAAAAUAUAUUGUUCAAGAGCGCCCAGAGUGGAGAUGAAAUUAAGGUAUUCCUGAGGAAUCAACAACGACCUUCAAAUGAGUGGGUUAGUAUCGAUAAAUCGAGCCAGCUUUUCAAGCUAACGCCACUCAUUGACACGGCUGGUGUACUUCGCAUGGAAGGACGAGUUGAAAGAGCAGAAUUCUUGCCAUUCGACAUGAGAUUUCCGGUCAUACUCCCGAAAGAUCACGCUAUCACUGAGAAGUUGGUCCGCGGAUAUCAUGAGAAAUAUGGUCAUGCGUUUCGAGGAACGGUUAAGAAUGAAAUCAGACAACGGUUUUUAAUUCCGAAAAUCAACUCAGUCCUGUCGAAGGUUGAGAAAACAUGCAUGUGGUGCAAAAUAAGAAAAAAUAAUCCGCAAUUGCCAAGGAUGGCGGCUCUUCCAAUCGAGAGACUUAUUCCUAAUCAACGGCCGUUCACAUUUGUCGGUGUGGACUAUUUGGGGCCAGUCGAAGUGACAAUAGGGCGACGUUCAGAGAAACGCUGGAUAGUGGUUUUUACUUGCCUCGUAGUGAGAGCAAUCCAUCUAGAGGUGGCGUAUGAUUUAAGUGCACAGUCUUGCAUCAUGGCAAUUCGGCGAUUUAUAUGUCGUCGUGGCCCAGCAUCGGUAUAUUUUUCCGACAACGGAACCAAUUUACGUGCAGCCAGUAAGGAACUUCUGCAACAAAUCCAGCAAGUGGAUAUUGAGUGUGCUGAGCACUUUACUAAUGCAAGAACGCGAUGGCAUUUCAAUCCACCAUCUGCUCCCCAUAUGGGUUGCGUAUGGGAGCGCAUGGUGCGCUCAGUGAAGGAUGUAAUGGCUGCUUUGGAUGAUGGCCGAAGACUCAGCGACGAAAUACUUAUAACUACACUAGCAGAAGAGGAAGACAUGAUCAACAGUCGGCCUCUGAUUUAUGCUUCUUCACUUUCUCCUACUGAAUCUCUUUCGCCGAAUCAUUUCAUUCGAGGUAAUGCACCGAACGAGCCUCACGAAUUUGUACCGCCAACAAAUGCUGCACAAUCGCUCCGAGACGCAUAUAAGCGUUCACAGCAGUUAGCCAACGAAAUGUGGAGAAAAUGGGUCAAGGAAUACGUACCAACAAUCAACCAACGUUCCAAGUGGUUCACAGAAUGCAAACCACUAAAAAAGGGUGAUCUAGUGUACAUCGUUGAAGGUGAUCGUCGCAAAGCCUGGAUACGCGCAGUCGUCGAAGAACCGAUUACAUCAUGCGACGGAAGGGUUCGUCAGGCACUUGUUAGGACUAACAGAGGUGUGUUCCGAAGACCAACGGCGAAACUUGCGGUUUUGGAAAUUGAAGGAGGUAAUACUGCUUCUGAAGAUACACCUGAACCAGAAUUACGGGUCGGGGAUAUGUUGGACGCAAAACCGCAGGGUAGUGAUAAUGCCCCUCGUUAG